AUGAUAGAGUUCAAGUAUCUGGGAACAAGGAGCGGUAAGUCGUUGAUGCUAUCAAUAGACAAUAAAAGAUAUCUGUUUAAUCUUUUUGAAGGGUUUCAGAGGUACUGCAUCGAAUCAAAUGUCAGCAUCAGCAAGAUCUCUGUAAUCUUUGUAUCUGAGGAGACAUCGGUUCCUCCGCUUGUGGGAACAUAUCUUACUCUAAGAGACAUAAAAAAAGAAAGCCUUGACAUUGUGUGUAGUUUGAGGCUAGAGAAGAUGCUGGCCUUGGCAAGUGCCUUUGCAGAUCCUAUGGAUCUAAGAAUUAAUUACAUGAGGAAUUAUUCAGACGGGUUUAUCAGCGUGGAAACAAUCGAAAACACUCUUUCUGGAGAUUCUCGAGAAAGGAAGGAAUCUUCCUUUAUUCUGAACAUUAGGCCUAUUCGGGGAAGAUUUCUUGUUGAAAAGGUUCCAAAAGACGUUCCAAAGCAUUUAUACUCUAGACUCACGAGGAGAGAGAAGGUGGAACAUAACGGAAGAGUGUAUAAUGGGGAGGAAUACAUGGAAGACGAUAUAGAUGUCGGAGUUAUUGCUGUUGUUUUUUCCUCGGGAAAUUAUGGGGAACUUUUGGAAAGGAUGAGAAGAAGGGCCCCGAGGUACUUCUUUUGUUUUCAAAGAGAUGUUGCUCAAUUUCUCUCUUCUACCCUUGAAGGCCGUUUCUUCCUCUUGGAAGAUAAUCACUUUGUUGAGUAUGGAUCACUUUAUGACAUCCAGAUUGGCUUAGGCUCAAUACAUGGGGACUUUCUGUCGCCGCUUCCCUUUGAAAAGACAGCCUCCCCCUCUCCUUGGGAUAUGGAGAGUGUUCAGAGCGGAGACUUUCUCACAUACGAUAAGAAUUUAAGGUCUUUUUCCCAUUUCCCUUCAAAGCAGAAAGAAUACAUCCCAUGCACACGGAAACACGAAGAAAGGUCUAUAUUGUUUCUUGGAACCGGGUGUGCUAUUCCAUCUAAGUACAGAAAUGUAUCUGGAAUACUCUACGAGUCCACCGACAGGGCUAUUAUGCUCGACUGUGGAGAAGAUACUUUAUUUCAAAUACAUAGGGCCUAUGGAGGAUUUGACGUCCUAAAGAAGCUCAAGGCAAUCUUCAUAUCACAUUCUCAUGCAGACCAUAUGCUGGGGAUUAUAUCUGUGUUGAAGAAAGUAGGCCACAGGGUGAAGGUCUUUGCUCCAGUAGUCAUAAGGCCGUUUGUUGAAUGCUUUGGUGCUGGAGACUAUGAAUACAUAGAAACAAACCAUGCAAAGAUAGCAGAAAGAGAGUUUCGGGGAGACUUGGGAUCAAUGGGGGAAUUUUCUCUAGGAAACAUCAAUGCAGAAGAUUAUUUUUUGAAGUUUGACGUGGGAUUUAGAAUAUCUAUUUGUGGGGUUGACCACUGUUCAGACUCGUGUGGAAUUAGAAUUCAGGAUGACACCACAGUUAUAACAUACUCUGGAGACUCAAGGCCCUCUAUACUGUUUGGAAUAAUGUCCUCUGAUUCUGAUGUUAUGAUCCAUGAAGCCACAUUUGUCUUUGACCAGCAAGAAAGAGCCAUGCAUACAGGCCAUUCAACAGUAGACGGAGCUGUUGAAGUCUUUAGAUCAUCCAGAUCAAAAGUCCUACUUCUCACACACUUUAGCCAAAGGUAUUCAAAGGGCGUUAUAACUGACGGCCAGUGGAUUCCUUGUGUGGAUCUAUUUAGAUAUGCGGUUGGAUCAAGUGUCUAUCCUAAGGACAAAAUCAAUGGUUAUUAUAGUAAGCUUGAAUCUUCUAAUAAGUAA